UAUCAUAUUGGUUAUCAAUUUAUAGUGCUUCAUGGAGGAGGUUAAGGAACACCCAUACGUCUUGGAAUGUGAAGCCGCUAAGCCACUGAUCGUUGACACCUUUAAAUUUAUGUACGACCUGGACUUUUUGAAUCCUCAGGCAGACGAGCUUACCACUCCACCACUGGCAAUGCCAAGGCUACCGCACGAAGUCAUCUUUGCGAUAGGCGGCUGGAGCGGUGGCACCUCUAAAGGUUGCAUCGAGACUUAUGACACGAGGGCAGACAGAUGGGUAACCAUUAACGCAGAGGAUCCUGCUGGUCCCCGAGCGUAUCAUGGAACCGCAGUGCUUGGUUUCAAAAUAUUCUCGAUUGGCGGAUAUGAUGGCGUGGAGUAUUUCAACACUUGCCGAGUUUUUGACGCGGUUAAAAAAAAAUGGAACGAAAUCGCACCGAUGCAUUGCAGGCGCUGCUACGUAAGUGUAACAGAGCUAAAUGGUAUGAUAUAUGCAAUCGGCGGCUACGACGGGCAUAACCGACUGAACACUGUGGAGCGGUAUAAUCCAAGGACCAACCAGUGGUCCGUUAUCCCGCCAAUGAACAUGCAACGCUCUGAUGCCAGCGCCUGUACUUUGCAAGAACGCAUAUAUGCUACAGGGGGAUUUAACGGCCAGGAAUGCCUAGACAGCGCCGAGUAUUAUGACCCUGUAACCAACAUUUGGACUAGAAUACCUAACAUGAAUCAUCGUCGGUCUGGAGUGAGCUGCGUGGCCUUUAGAAACCAGCUUUACGUUAUCGGCGGCUUUAACGGAACAGCGCGUCUAUCUACCGGAGAACGCUUUGAUCCGGACACGCAAACUUGGCACUUCAUUCGUGAAAUGAACCACUCUCGCAGUAACUUCGGGCUUGAGAUUAUAGACGAUAUGAUUUUCGCUAUAGGCGGCUUUAACGGCGUCUCAACGAUCUCUCAUACGGAAUGCUAUGUAGCCGAAACAGACGAAUGGAUGGAAGCCACAGAUAUGAACAUUGUUCGUUCCGCCUUGUCUGCCAAUAACAUAGCUGGGCUCCCAAACAAGCGAGACUAUAUACACAAAGAGCGGGAUCGCCUAAUGGAGGAGCGGCGUCAGCGUCUUAUGGCAACCGCCAUGGCUCGGGAGAAUAUAGGACACGGCAAUGCCUCGCAGAUGUUAGUUGAAAACAAUAACAGAGCCAUGGAUGACUACGAAAGUCCUGAUGAAGUAGAUGAGACUGAUGAGCAAGUGCAAUCAGCACGCAUAACCCGGACUAUACCACCGUCUGUAGGGCUUCUAAACCCAGCAAUUGCUGCUGAAACGAUACCAGGUCAAUCUCAAUUGGUGUCCACUGUUCAACUUAAUAGAGUAAUGGAGGAUCGCGGUAUCGCGGCCAACAAUAGGCGGAUUCGUGUGCAACUGCGAAAUCAACGUCAUGGCUCGCAUCAUGAAAUUCGUCGUCGUACAUAGGAGUUGGCGUCAAAAUCCGGCUCGGAUACCAAAAAAAUACACAUUUUUCAUAAGAGUGCAGAUAAAGCGUUAGCGUGUGGCAAGAUUUCUUCAGCCUUAUAAACCCACGUCCGUUAAACCCAUUUUUCGAGACAUUUACACGAAGAAAAAAAACAAGGUUAUGUAUGCUUUUGCCAAAUUACCAAAUUAAGAAUAUCAGAUUUGGAACUUUGAAUUUUAAAUUAAAUUAUCAAGAAAUUACACAAUCAAGUUUACAUCAAAAUUUAUCGCAAUAUUUUAAAUAAAGCAUUACUAAUUUGCAGAAAACCAGAA